AUGAGCUCCGAUUGGCCACGCGCACAAGAACUACAACUCCCAGUUGACAUGCGCAAAAAGUCCCUCUUAAAGCCUUUUAAAUUUACGUGCAAAAUGGCUGCACAGGUCGAUCUGCUGCGCGUCAAAGUAGAGGAGAAGAGCAGGGACAGCUUUGACAAAGCCACCAAAGAGAAGAAAAAGAAGAAAAAACGCGAAUGUUCGCCGUCCGAUGACAAGCGUGAAAGAUCGGAGAAGGAAGCGAAGAAAAUAAAGCUACAUCACCACCAACACCAUCACCAACAUGAGCAACAACGAGCGCAUCCACCGCACCAACAACAGAACAACCAAGCGCGCAACUUCAGCAAAGAGCAGGCACUCGUGCAACACCGCCACCACCACCACCAUCACCACCACAGCUCCAAGAAAGAAGUACCUCCGGUCUGGCCGCCGCGCAAAGUCACACCAGCAGCUGCCCACGUCCCGCAGAAGACGGUCCUGCCUCCGUCCCCGCUGUUCACUUUCACGCCGCUCAAAGUAGCGAAGGCCAAGCCCCUCAACAACAAGCCCAAACACAUCGAGAAGGACGCCAAACUCAAGCCCAAGAAGGAAAACGCCGAGGCGAACGUCAAAGUGGAGGAGUGCAAGAAAAAGAAAGAGCCCCAUGGUGAGAAUGGCAAAACCCAGACCCUGGAGGAAUACCUCCUGAAGAAAAAGAAGAAAAAGAAGCGACAUCGUGAAGAUGAGCGUGGCAAGAAGUUACGAAUGCACCACAAGGAGGUCCAGACGGUGUGUUCAGGAGACACUCCGCCGCUUUCUGAAGACCCUGUGGGACAUACGUACAUCAAAGAAGAAAAAGACUUGGGAGAGUACGACACUCCCAAAGAGGUGAAGAAGCCGUUCCUCACACAUCAAGACCACUACAUCCGCAGCUCAUGGCUUCAAACUAACACCUGCUUCAGCAGGCUCAUCCAUGAGGAAAAGCAGCCCAACGGAGGGGCGUCCGUACUGCAUGCUUAUGCCGAUGAACUGUCCUUACUUCGCCCCGGAGAAACGGAAAGGUUUGCCCAGGAGUUUAUGAAACUGGCCUUUGCUGAACAGCCUAAAGGAGCUGCACGUUACGCGCUCGCUGUGGUGCAUGGAGCAGCUGCAUAUCUGCCUGACUUCUUGGACUAUUUUGCCUUCAAUUUCCCAAACACACCUGUCAAGGUGGAAAUCCUUGGUAAAAAGGACAUCGAGACCACCACCAUUGCUAACUUCCACACCCAGGUGAGCCGAUCUUACUGCUGUGGGACAUAUAGAGCCGGUCCCAUGAGGCAGAUCAGUCUCGUGGGUGCAGUAGAUGAAGAGGUUGGAGAUUUCUUCCCAGAGUUCUUGGACAUGCUUGAGGAGUCUCCGUUUCUGAAGAUGACUUUACCAUGGGGCAGCCUGUCCAGUCUGAAGCUUGACUGCAGGUCCCAAAGCGAUGACGGUCCUAUCAUGUGGGUCAGACCUGGCGAACAGAUGGUUCCCACAGCCGACUUGCCCAAGUCUCCGUUCAAGAGACGAAGAUCAAUGAACGAGAUCAAGAACUUGCAUUACCUCCCGAGAGCCAGUGAACCACGUGAGGUUCUGUUUGAAGAUCGGACGCGAGCACACGCUGAUCACGUUGGCCAGAGUUUCGACUGGCAGAGCACAGCAGCUGUGGGUGUUCUGAAAGCGGUGCAUUUUGGGGAAUGUAGGAGUGACCAGCCACGGAUAACCAAAGAUGUGGUCUGUUUUCAUGCUGAGGACUUCAAUGAUGUGGUUCAGAGGCUUCAGCUGGACUUGUAUGAGCCGCCAGUGUCACAGUGUGUCCAGUGGGUGGACGAUGCCAAACUCAACCAGUUACGGCGAGAAGGCAUCCGCUACGUCCGAGUGCAGCUCUGUGACGAUGACAUCUACUUCAUCCCCCGCAACGUCAUCCACCAGUUCAAAACGGUUUCAGCCGUGUGCAGCUUGGCGUGGCACAUUCGCCUGAAGCAGUACCACUCAGAGGAGGAAGAGGAAGAGGCCAAGGACGUAAAGACCAAGGACCUGUGCACCACAUCAUGUCCUCCCCCUGUUCACCCAGACACCAAAGUCACCUCCUGCGCCCGCUUACAAACGGACACGGCUCAAGGCGGAGUGGCCAAAACGGACGAGCUGGUUUUCCAGAGGCCCGCCACGCCACCCAGAGAGCCGCAACCAGCGCCGCCGCAGCCCGCUAAAUCCGCCCGCACUGUUUACGCAGCUCCGUGUUCAGAGAGCAGUCCUUUCCCAGCAUCCUCUCCUCUCUGCUCGUCCACACCAGAGCCAAUGCUUCCACCGGCUCCGGCUGAGCCUCUGUCAGACUCCUCGUUCAACGGCAGCCGGGCCACAGACUUCCCCAAAUGACUUCCUCACUUUUAUUUUUUUCUUUCUUUUAGCGGAGGGUGGAGUUUUAUUUCACCUGACAGACUCUGACUGACAUUCCACAGUGUAAAAAAACAAAACAAAACAAAACAAAAAGGAAUAUCUGGACUCUGCCUAAAAAGUGAUGAAGACUUUAUAUUUUUUUCUUUUUUAGAUUUUUAGUUAAGACGACGACCCCCGUGAGUACUUUUUAGGUUUUUUCUCAGCCAAAGUAUUUAAUUUGAGAUAUAUUUUUGCUGAUUACUCAGUAUUGUUUUAUAUUUGUUUAUAUAUAUAUAUAUAUAUAUAUUAUUGUAAAUGAGAUGAAUUAUCUCCUUUAAGAGGGACUCUUUUUCCGUCAGGCCAUCAUGUGCAGCGUGUUGAUCUGCUAAUUGGUUUUUACUAACAAAAAGUGAGGGGAAAAAAGUGCCUGUCACAAAUGGAGAGCAGCAAUCAUAUCUUAAAAGAGGAAAAAAUAGUCUUAUUUUAUGUUUUUUUCCCAUAACAGUCUGAAGUAUUUGACGUAUUUAAGCUAGACUAGCAAGUAGGUAUCGGUUUCAUGUCAAAGACUGCUUCUUUUCAUUGAUCAUGCUCUGGUUUUUGGAUGAAACCGCUUGGCUUGAAGGAAAAGGAGCUGUAAUUCUACAAGAGGAGCCCGUGCGUUACCUCACAUGUAUGCAGGAGAUAUAGGACUUUCAUUUGUUCGUUUUAAUUAUUUAUUUUUUUGUCCAGAAUAUUCAGUCUUUUAAGAAUUUCUAUGUCAUAUGUUAGUUUUCUGUCAGUAAUGUAUGUAGAAGCCGUUGUGCUUUUUCUUUUUAUGUUUUUAUUUUGGACAUUUUGGAAGACCUAUUCCACCUUAGUCCAAACUUUAGCAGAAAAUUAGAUGGAAGUGUAAUAAUAAUAAUAAUAACCAAACCUGCACUCAGGGGCAACAUACUGAUGCCUUUUUUCAUUUUGGUCAAGUCUCCUACUACUGUGUUUCUUUUGAAAGUAAUCUAAUCCAUGCAUUCAGAUUACACUGAGCUGUUGAACCUGUAAUUCUGCUAUCAAGUUUCAAGAGCUUCAUGUAAGGAAUAAGCUUCCAUUCAGAUUUCACACAUGAUUCUCGCUCGUGUUAUUGAGUAGUUUUAGAGUCAGAGCUGAAAUAUCUUCUCUUUUUUUAACUUGUGCUUUGGUUUUUCUUCAUUUUACUCUGUUUUGUUUGUCUUUUGACAUGUUAUCAUUUUUAAAAAUGUCCCAAAUGAUUAAGCCUGUUUCGUUUUUAAGCAUUUGUUGACUUUCUUUUGCUUCUGAAAAUCAGUGAGUGCAAAUAUAAUACACAUUAACAAGACCUGAAUAAAUUCCUGCACAUUUCUUGUACAAGAACACUGUUAUAGUAUGUUGAUCUUCCCGUAAUCCACUCGGCAAAUCAAACCCGAAAGGCAUUUGAUAUUUAUUAAUGAAUAUAGUAGCAGAAGAAAUAUGCCGAUGCAUAACACUUGUUUCCUACGUGUUUGAACUGUCCAUAGUAAUUUAUGAUAAGCAUUCUAGGCUGACUAUGCUAUCUGAUUUAGUCUGAUGAGUGCAAUUUAGCUUUCACUUCUUGAGUGUAGCUGCUUGUCAGUAAUCUUCUCACACAUGUCCAUGUGUUUCCUUUGAACCAAUUUAAGUCUUAAAGCAGGCAAUUUUGUAUUAUUUAAGGGUUAUGGGCAGUAGUUUUUCCAUUGACGCCAAGUAUUGCUAAUGACUGAUUUGAAUGUAAUUUCACACCAGCAAGAAAAUCAGUCCACAUUGAUUAUGGUUUCAACAAAACGAUCUAAUCAAACGCAUCCCGUAUAAACGAGUGCCUUUUCUCACGUCUUUAAUUGUCUGCUAUUAAGCUAAUUGAUGUUAUUCAAGUUGUACAAAGCAUUCAUCGAGAUGCAAUUUCAUAGUCUGGCAAUAAGUGAUGAUUGGGUAUUUGUGCGUAAAAAUCACGCCUACUCUGUGAGACAAAUUCUACUAAUCCAGAAUCAACAGCAGGUGAUCAUUUAAAUGAUGACAACGGGGAAAAAAAAGACACCGUAUAGUAAAAAAUCAUGCAAUAUUGAUCAAAUCCGCUUCUUAUAUUUCCUUUUUAUUAGAAUUAAGAUUAAGAUUAAAUAUGCAGGUGUGAAAACCUAAAUAAUAAUAAUAAUUUCGUGGCACUUCCUCCGUUUCAGAUUCUGCAUAUUAGCAUUUGUUUAAUAAAACACUUCACACUUUCACCUUGAAUAUCUCAUCCAUUGAUGAAUCUUAUCAUGUACACCGUUUCAGACACGUCCUUUGCUCAACGACACACACGUUAUGCUUUAACCUUUCCGUUUCACGAUAUAUUUAAGGUUUAGCGUUCUAUGUUUCUUCUGACUUUUGGCAGCUAGUUUCUUUUUUGUUUUGUGUUGAUCAGGUUUUUGAUGGUCGUUUGUAAUAUAGGACAAAUCCACUUAGGGAUCAAGGCAUGCUCUGUGUGUUUGAUUCAUUAUUUGCUCUGUUUGAUAUUUGUAUAAAGCUUUUUGGACUUCAUUGAUUUUUAAGGAAUAAUUAGAUGGUCGAUUAUGAGCAUAGUCAAAGUAAUGUUUUGUAAAUGCUAAGUCACAUUUAAUAGAACUGUCAUGUGGAUCUUUUCAAUUGUGUAAAAAUGCAAUGGAAUGCAUAGACUUUUUCUGUAUUUUUUUAAAAUAAACCAUUUUAUGAGUGUACCGAGGUCAAGCAUUUCUUAAAGGAGACUCUGACUGCAGCAGGAAUUGAAAAUAUGUCAAUGAGUGAAAACACAGGUUGUCACACACCAUACACUUUACAAAAGUUUUUCACAUAGUCUUCUGUCAUCCUCCGGGAAUGAUAAGGCUAACGUGAUGUGAUCCAGAAAAGGUGGACUGGCUAUGGUUGCUUACAACUGUGUACAUUAUAAAAUACAUUAAAAAUGUUAUACGAUUACAGAA